CAGACUGGAGAGAAUGGCUGCCAGUGGAGAGGUAGGGAAGCUGUUACAAGUACAAAAUGGGACACCACCGAGCACCAACUAUAACGGAGUAGAUGCUGUUCAUGCCUGUAACAUCCUUCAGCAGCUCAAAGCUUUGUAUGAUGAAGCACAGCUCACAGACAUCGUCGUAGAAGUGGACCAUGGCAAGACUUUCUCGUGUCACCGAAAUGUCCUUGCAGCAAUCAGCCCAUAUUUUAGGUCCAUGUUCACCAGUGGCCUUACAGAGAGCAGCCAGCGUGAGGUUAGAAUUGUUGGGGUGGAGUCUGAAUCCAUGCACCUAGUCCUAGACUACGCCUACACGUCCAGGGUUACGCUCUCUGAGUCCAACGUCCAGGCCCUGUUCACAGCAGCCAGCAUUUUCCAGAUCCCUGCCCUGCAAGACCAGUGUGCCCAGUUCAUGAUCAGCAGGCUUGACCCCCAGAACUGUAUUGGGGUCUACAUGUUUGCUGAUGCCUAUGGACACCAAGAGCUGAGGGAACGCUCACAGGACUAUAUUCGCAAGAAGUUCUUGUGUGUUUCAUGGGAGCAAGAGUUUCUCCAGAUGACUAAGGAGCAGCUGGUCAGCAUUUUGAACAAUGAUGACCUCAAUGUGGAGAAGGAAGAGCACGUUUACGAGAGCAUAGUCCGCUGGCUGGAACACGACCUGCCUGGCCGAGAGGCCCACCUUCCAGAGGUUUUUUCCCAAUGCAUCCGUCUGCCUUUGUUGGAUGAGGCCUUUCUCAGUCGGAUACCCGCUCCCUUUGCUGGUGCCCUGUCCCUGUCUAAAGACCCUGCUGAGGCCAAAACCCGCCUCACUGGCACCAAUGGUUGCCCACAGCGCCUGGGAAUGACUGCUUCUGAGAUGGUCAUCUGCUUCGACGCCGCUCACAAACACUCAGGGAAGAAGCAGACGGUGCCUUGCCUGGACACAGCCACAGGAAGGGUGUUCAAGCUCUGCAAACCACCCAAUGAUCUCAGAGAGGUCGGUAUAUUGGUGUCCUCUGAGAACGACAUCUACAUCGCCGGUGGCUACCGACCGAGCAAUAGCGAAGUGUCCAUCGACCAUCGAGCGGAGAGCGAUUUCUGGCAGUACGAACACGCAGGCAACAGAUGGCUUCCACGUGCACCUCUGCUGAGAGCGAGGAUCGGCUGCAGACUCGUGCACUGCUGCGGGAAGCUUUAUGCACUGGGCGGCCGAGUGUAUGAAGGCGAUGGGCGAAACGCAUUAAAGUCGGUAGAGUGCUAUGAUGCCAGGGACAACUGCUGGACAGCCGUUAGUCCCAUGCCAGUGGCCAUGGAGUUUCACAGUGCUGUGGAGUACAGAGACCGCAUCUACGUCCUCCAAGGUGAAUAUUUCUUCUGCUUUGAUCCCCGUAAGGACUAUUGGAGUCACCUCGCCCCGAUGAGCGUCCCUCGGAGUCAGGGUCUGGCCGCCCUCUAUAAGAACUGCAUUUAUUACAUCGCCGGCAUCUGCAGGAAUCACCAGCGCACCUUCACCGUGGAGGUCUACGACAUCGAGAAGAACUCGUGGAGCCGCAAGAGAGACCUGCCCUUCGAUCAAGCCACGAGCCCGUACAUUAAGGCCAUGCUGCUGCAGGGCCAGCUCCACCUGUUCGUAAGGGCCACGCAGGUCAUGGUGGAGGAGCACGUGUUUCGAACCAGCCGCAAGAACUCCCUUUACCAGUAUGACGACGAGGCAGAUUUAUGGACCAAAAUCUACGAGACACCCGACCGCCUCUGGGAUUUGGGCCGCCAUUUUGAAUGCGUGGUGGCUAAACUUUACCCACAAUGUCUACAGAAAGUGCUUUGAGGUAGCUCGCUUUGUGAACCCAAUCUAUGAGGCAGAGGGGGGAGUAUAGUGUGGUCCUGCCUGCCUUGUGCCUGGUGUUACCUUGGGUUUGCACCACAAGGACCAUUUUUGGUUAAGUCUUAAAUCGUUCAAACUUUGGUUUAACAUGAUCAAAAACGGGGGUGCUUUUAAAGAUUGCAGUAUUUUUUUUUUCCAGACAGCACCAACUACCCACACUGAUGCUUGUUUAAGAAAACCGUACAAUGAAUCAUAAGUGCAAUUAUACUAUUUUUUUUUUUUUCUUUUUUGCUUGUCGUUGAGCCAUGCUGUUGUAUUUUUGUUUUAGAUACGUAUAUAGGUGAGGAUUUUUACAAAUGAUUAGCAUGUUGUAGGAGGGUAUCGGCAAGGUAAAAGUGCCCUCUGGAGAUAUGGAUGCUACGUGUCAGCAGAAAGUUAAAAUCUAUAUAUAUAAAUAUAUAAACUAUAUAUUCAUACGGGUAAGAUGAGUACCUUAGCUCAUUAGUGCUGGCUCUGAGGUUUGUGUGUGUGUGUGUGUGUUUUUUUUUUUUCUAGUCUGUGCUCAAGUCUCUGCAGCUUAUUUUAUAGAUGAGUUAUAAUUUGAAGUGUGCUUGUGAUUUACAUUACCGUCAUGUUUUUUUUUUUUUUUUUUUUUUUGAAGUUUGAAGCGUGCGUGAUAUUUUUAUGGCCCUCUUCCUUCACAAGCGUCAGUGUGUCAAACAGUACACUAUGUUUGGCUUCCGAGCUAUUUUUAAAGUUUUGUUUGAGAUUCCAGUUUGCGCGGGGGGCUCAUACCUCCCGUCCUUUUUUUUUUUUUUUGUGUGUGUGUUUUUUU